AUGGCGGAGCGGGACGGGCCCGGCGGUGCCGAGCGGGCGGCGGACGGCGGGAAGAUGUCCCUGCACAGGUACGGCACGGCACGACACGGCGGGCAGCGGCCGCACGGGAUGCGGGAGCGCCUUCCCCGGGGCUCGGCGGGUGGCCCUGUACCCUGCAGGGCCUGCUCCCGCGCGGGUGAGGCCCGACCGAGCGGGGGACGCCGGGCAGAGCCUCGCUGGAGCGGUGAUGGGCAGCGGGCACUGCGGAGAUCCUGCAGAGCAGGGAGCGGGAAUCCCUGUUCAGAACAACUCUCCGCUCCUGCUUUGCAGUGUUUGAAACUCUUUAUUCCGCUGUUAGGAUGGCUUUGUGCUGCUACUUCACAGAGCUCGUCGGGCAGUGGUAGUGCCGGGCUUGUCCUUCAGGCCCUCGCUACCAGCAGGCAGCGAGCACGUGGUGGGGAGAGGAGGAGAAACGAGUGUGAAACCUGUAGCAAGGAAGCAGCUAAGUACAGAUGUCCACGAUGCAUGAAAUAUUCGUGCAGCCUGUUGUGUGUAAAGAAACAUAAGCUUGCGUUGAGCUGUAACGGAGUCAGGGAUAAAACAGCUUUUGUCUCCGUAAAUGAAUUUACUGACUUGAACCUUCUGAGUGAUUAUCGUUUCCUGGAAGAUGUAGGAAGGACAGCUGAUGCUGCUGCUCGACAUUGUAUUGUGCAUAGUCCAGCAAUGAAAAGACUGUUAUACUGCUUGAGGAACAAAGCUCGAGGGUGUAAUAUUGAGCUAAAAACACUGCCUGUUGGAUUUACAAAAAGAAGAGAAAAUUCUACCACCUUCAAUUCCGUGGAGAACAAGUUCUACUGGCAUUUGAAGCUCAUAUUUCCUCACUGUCAUGCUGAAUACACUUUAAAAGGGGUGCCUGAUGAUAAAACACUUGCUGAUAUCCUGAAGCCAUACAUUGAUCCAGUGGAGUCAGAUCCUGUCAUUUGUCAAAGAUUAAAAAUCUAUACAGCGUCUCCUCGAUCAGAUGUACGAAUUUUAAUGAAAAUAGAAAACAGGAGCCGAAACUCUGUCAGGUACAAUGAACUGGAUGCCAGUAGAAGUCUUCUAGACAAUCUGAAAGGCAAAGUAAUAAUUGAGUAUCCAACAUUAUUUGUGGUCUUGAAAACACUGAAGAGUGACAUGGUAGUCCUUGGCCAAGAUGGCAGUGAACCUGCAGAGAACUCAGACAGUGAAAGUUCAUCCCUUUCCUCUGUGGAAGAAGGGGAGAUUCGGGACAGUUCAUGA